AUGCUGGGGUCGCUUUGGUCUCAGGAACGAAAUCAUGAGACGACUACUUUGCCUGCCGCGGGCGACCUUCUCAUGACACCACGUCUGUCACUAUGCAAGAAACAAAUUUGCCAUCCUCGCCAGUGCCUACCCUCUGCCCCCCCUCCCCUCCUCCCCCCUCCCCCCGUGAUCGACUCCGAUGGCCUGAAGAACAAAUUUUACGAGGACCUGCACGCCCUCCUCGCGACUGUGCCGGCGACGGACAAACCGAUUGUCCACGGUGACUUCAACGCCUGCGUAGACAGAGACCACGAUACCGGAGCGGGAGUCCUCGGUCAUUACAGGACCAGUAGCUGUAACGGCCAUGGUAGUCGCCUCUUGCAGGCCUGUACGAAACAAAAUCUUCAACUGACCAGCAAUUUCUUCCACUUUCUGAUCCCAGAGAAGAGUACGUGGAUACGCCCUCGCUGACAUCAUUGGCAGUUGCUGGACUACGUCCUAGUGUCUAAGGAAAUGUGUGCUGCAUACUGCUGGACGGAUCACUGCCUGUACACCUUGAUGAUUAGGCAGCAGCCCCGAAGGAACCCAAAAGGUAAGCGGGUACCAGAUAAGUCAAAUAUUAUUGGAUACGACCGAGUGUCGUUUUGAUUCCACAAUCCCCGGAAUCUCGUCUGGAACCAAUGCGAGCUCCGGAAACGAAUGUCACUGGUGAGAUUCACGGGAAUCGACUGCUGAAGGCCAUUUCGUUCACUGUCCUGGAUUUGCUCGUUUGCGCAAGCAGUCAGCACAGGAGCAGGUUUAAUGAAAACAACGAGUAAAUCUGCAGUCCUCUCUCCAAAGAGAAUGGCAUGUUGCAAUAAAAUGAAGAGGUUCGCGUCUCUCAGGAAGGUCUGCGGUUGACAAACCAACGUACACUUCGGAUGCAUCCUCAGUCGACCAUCCACAAUACCCGACGAGGUCAUUAAAAAGCUCCUCAGAUGAAGGCUCUAGACCGCCUGCCCUCGCUGCUAGAGAUCGUCAAGGCUAUACGCUAGACGUUAAGUACUGGAAGCUGGGGCGACCGCUGCAGAGUAGCUACUGCCGAGACAUAAUGUCGCAGACAACACAUGUACUCGGAUUGUGUCAUUGUGCCCCUUUUGUCAGUGAACAUUAUGGGAACGGAUGGACCUCGCUAGACUCAGUGUAUUGUCAACACGAUCAAAACGUCUCUCAGUUAGCGAAACAUCACUACAGUUACCACCACCACCACCACCACCACCACAACCACCACCACCACCACCACCACCACCACCACCACCACCACCACCACCACCACCACCACCACCACCACCACCACCGGCAAAUUGCUAA